CACUCCAUUUCCCCCCCUUUUUAAUGAACAUAAGUACACAAGACCCAACUGCUAUUGCAUUGGUGUCUAUGGGAGACACUCUGUUAGACCGGAACUCACUGCUUUUUUCAAUGGUAAACAGCCGGAGUGAGCUAUCUUCGUUUAUGCACCAUCUUUGAUUUUUAUAUCAGUGGAGGCGAACAGAAGAGGGCUCUGGGAUGCUAACUGAAAACACCAAUUGACGUCGCUCCCUCGUUUCUGGUGUAAUCGCUACACGGAAAAUAAAUUACUAAAUGCAUCCAAGACCACAUUGAAAGAUACCUGUGAAAGCUCUCGCUCCCCCACCCCAAUGUCGAGGUCGCAGUGACGGGGCUGGGCAGAGGCAGAGCCCGGUGCCCCGGCCCCUUUGCCCAGCUGAGGAGCAGCCCCUGACAGGGAGCGCACCAUCUCCUUGUGCCUCGUGUCCUCUAGGAGGCAUUUUGAGCCAUGGAGCACCCACGGGAAAAAGAGGGUGAGCGACCGGCGCGCAGCAGCAAGACGGGUCAGGGGCGCAGCGGGCACUCGCGCCCCUCUGGAUCCUCCGGAGUACUCAUGGUUGGGCCCAACUUCCGUGUGGGCAAGAAGAUUGGCUGUGGUAACUUUGGAGAGCUGAAGCUAGGUAAAAACCUCUACACCAAUGAGUAUGUUGCAAUAAAAUUGGAACCAAUAAAGUCAAGGGCACCACAGCUGCAUUUGGAGUACCGGUUUUACAAAACAUUAGGCAGCACAGCGGAGGGUCUUCCUCAGGUCUUCUACUUUGGGCCGUGUGGGAAAUACAAUGCCAUGGUGUUAGAGCUGCUGGGCCCCAGUCUAGAAGACCUCUUUGACCUCUGUGACAGGACCUUCUCUCUCAAGACAGUCUUAAUGAUGGCUAUUCAGCUGCUCUCACGGAUGGAGUACGUCCACUCCAAGAACCUCAUCUACCGAGACGUGAAGCCCGAGAACUUCCUCAUCGGGCGUCAGGGGCACAAGCAGGAGCACAUCAUCCACAUCAUCGACUUUGGCCUGGCUAAAGAGUACAUCGAUCCCGAGACCAAAAAACACAUUCCGUACAGGGAGCACAAGAGUCUCACAGGGACCGCCCGCUACAUGUCUAUCAACACCCACUUGGGAAAAGAGCAAAGUCGACGGGAUGACCUGGAAGCCCUGGGCCACAUGUUUAUGUAUUUCCUACGAGGGAGUCUGCCGUGGCAAGGACUCAAGGCUGACACCCUGAAGGAGCGAUACCAGAAGAUUGGCGACACCAAGCGCAACACUCCCAUCGAGGUCCUCUGUGAAAGCUUUCCAGAAGAGAUGGCCACGUACCUGCGCUACGUGCGGCGGUUGGACUUCUUCGAGAAGCCCGACUACGAGUAUUUGAGGACUCUGUUCACCGAGCUGCUUGAGCGCAAAGGUUACACUUUUGACUACACCUACGACUGGGAUGGCAGACCGAUUCCUACUCCAGUGGGGUCUGUCAACGUGGACUCGGGUGCGUCUGCCAUCACGAGAGAGAGCCACGCUAACAGAGACAGGCCCUCUCAGCAACAACCCCUCCGGAACCAGAUGGCAGCAUCAGACCGCAGAGGAGCAUGGGAUGCGCAGCCCCACCGGCAGACAAAUUCCUCCUACCUGAGCAGCUCCCACCUGGCUGCAGACAGGCAUGGGGGCUCUGUGCAGGUGGUAACCUCCACCAAUGGGGACCUGAAUGCAGACGACCCAAUGACGGCCCAUUCCAACGCACCUAUCACAGCGCAGGCCGAGGUGGAGGUGGUGGAAGAGGCCAACUGCGUGAAAUUGCUCAACCUGUGGUGCUGUUGCUUCUUCAAGCGAAAACGGAAGAAGAACACUCCACGACAGAAAUGAGCUCCUGCUACUCUGUCCGAUGUCACUGAGCGGGUUUGGUUUUAAGGAAACUAAUUAAGGGACAUUUCCAGUUGUAGUUGGGAGAGAGACUUUUUAUUACGAGAGAUAUGCGAUUCUUAAUGACCCGGACCUACUGAAUGACCUUCGCCACAGAGACCUUUCUUUGAUUAUUUGACCACUGACCCUCCCUCUGGAUACUGGAGAACAUCUCUUAAUCUUCCUCUGUUUUUUUUAUUUUAUUUUUCUCAAGUGGAGAUCAAAGUCAAAUAUCCCUCCCUCUCUUUGAGGGAGUGAGGAGACUAGUCUUGCAGUCUAUAGACCCCAUAUUUUUUGUGUCUCAUGUCUCUCUCUCGCGCUUUCUCUCUCCCCAUUCACCAAACCCUCUCACAUCCCCAGUAAAAGCUGGUCUUAAGCUGUCCCAAAUUGUUUGCUUUUUGUUCAUGCAUAUUUAUGUCUGUACAUGGGUGUGGAUGUAUGAAUGUGUCCUAAUGGUUCAUUGAUUCAUAUGCCACACAGCCCCUCCCACUUAGCCCUGUUUGACUGUCUUGGAAGUGUAGGAGAUAUUAGGGCAAUUCUACAUCAGGACAGCCUGAAAAUAUUUUGGGAGUAUCAAAUUGUUCUUGCAAUUCUCACAUAGAAAGUUCAUUGGAAGGAAGAAUGUUUGACAUGCUUUUUACAUUUGUAUCUCUUUUUUUUUUUUAUCAUAAUGAAAGUGGUUUUCUGGUACUUUGGAAGAUACAGUAUGACUCAUUUUAUAUAUAGAAGUUGACAUUAUAGGUCAUUAACCAAUCACAUCCCUCCUUUAGAAUUGCACAUUUAGCAAAUCACCAGCAGAGGGAGUUCCCUUUUGAAUCCAUUUUCCCAUUCACUGUUGGUGGUGCUUAUAAAAUGUAUCAUAACUUAAACAUUUGCGGAGAGCCUACUCUGGAAAUGUGAUUUACUUGUAGAGUAUAUUGUUUCAAACAAUGUCCUAAAAUGAGCAAAAUCAAAAAUUGUAUUUCAGAAUCUAGACAUACUCCAUUAUGUUAGAGCACACUAUAAGGAGUAUAAUGACACCAAGAUGUUGUCUGUGUCGUGUACGGUUCACGUACAUGUAUAGGUCUAAAAAGGGCCCAAAAUUGCUACUUACAUCAUGAUUAUCUAAAAUAAAAAAGCAAUGAAGUUUCUAUAUGAGAAUUUCCAUAACAAUCCGAGUUACCCAAAAUAUUUUCCUGGCAUAGAAUCGGCCAUUUAUAAAAAAUACUACAAAGUCCUAAAGUAACCUCUUGCUCCAAGCCUAGACACCGCUUCAUGUCCCCUCAUAGAUCUGCAAAGAUGUGACAGGUGUAAGCAAUAUGUUAAUAGUUCCACUUUUGCUUCUGUUUGGCUAGGUGAAGUGUCCACCACAUUGCUCAACACACAUCCAGUUCUUUUACAUCUAAGGGUUUAUUUGGGAUUGGGCAUAAGUAGUCAAAGCAGAAAGAGAAGGAGGGAACAGCGAAAGACAAGCACGUUCCUAAUGCAUUGUUGCCAGGGAAAAAAACCUGCUUGUACUAUUCACCUCACAAGUCAGUUACUACAUUUGCCUGGUGCCUCCAUAUUUGUAUUAAAAACUACUAGAAGUGCUAAUUAGAACGAUAAGCAAGAAAAAUGUAAGACAGCAGUUGGUGAGUGACCAAAGGGAUGUGUGUGGAACGAGGACCAAUUAUGUUACCCGGUUGGGAUUUAUUUCUGAAAAUGAUUUGAAUUCUAGAUCCCUGUGUUUGAUGCACUGUUCAUUAUAGCAAAUGCACAUCAUUGCUUGUAACCCACUCGCUCCUUUUCAACUUUAGGCCUUGGUCUAUUGUUCAUUUUCGGGGGAGACAAUAUAUCGACAAUAGAUCAGUUACGAGUUGCAUUGCUUUAGUUAACAUUGCACGUACCCAUAAAUGGGUCCCUGUUAUCCACAAACACUUAGAUUUGUCUGUGUGGAUGAAGGAAAAGUUGCUUCCAAAUGCUGAUCUAAGGUCAGUUUAGCUUUUUUACCUCUUAAUAUUUAAGGCUAGGAUUGGGAUAGAAUGAACUGAUCCCAGAUGUGUACUUCGGGGCAGCUUCUACCGCCAGUCUGUCUGUAUACAGAAUCUUGGAUAAGGAGAACAGACUUAGCUCUCUCAUUGAUUUAGAUGCUACUGCUCCCUCUUCUGGCCUUAACAUGGAAUGCCUUAAUCAGACCACUUCUCAUUAGAGCCUAUCAGGAUAGGUGUCUGGUCACUGCAACAACAUACCAGCCAAUAAGAAGACAUGCAUGUUGACUAGUCUGAUUCCUAUAGAGCGUUCUUUCUCAACUCCAAUCCUGGGGUACCAUCUGGUGUUGCACAUUUAUGUUCUAGCCCUGCCCUAACACAACCGAGUCAACCAAUCACAGGCUUUUGUGAUUAGUUAAAGCUUCAAUGCAGCAUUUUUUUUUUUUUAUCUCCAUAUCAAAUUAGUUCUGGGUAACAAUUAAGUACCUUACUGUGAUUGUUUUAAAUUUAAAUGGUCAAAAUGAAAGACUUUCUUAACAAAGAGCAAUUUUUCAAGCCAUUUUUUUUUGUUGCUAGGACUAUCGGGGAGUGAUCUGAGUGGGGAGGGGAUAACUGUAAACGAGCUGUUAUUGGCAGAGUGGUUUGGAACUCCAUCCCACCAAAACAGGUGUUAUCAUUUUCAUAAUUUCACAGUAUUAUUCCAACCUCAUAGUGUGGAAAUGUAUAUAAAAACACAGGAGAAUCAUGUUUUUGACUGCACUGGGCCUUUAAGUAUUUGAAUCAUGUCUGUUAGUGCGGGGCUAGAACAAAAAAAAUCUGCAGUGCUGCGGUGUGGACCUUCAAGACCUGGACUUAAAGCCCCCCAUGCAGUCUUUACAAUUUAAUUUUUAAAUCAUCACUGUGUCUAAUAAAUCACUGUUUAUUUCAUGAAAUUAACAAAUAUAUUUUUUAUCAUUUAUUUCCCUGAGCCUUCUUUGGCCCUUGAAAUACUGUCUGGCCAUGUGGGCGUUAGGAAAUACGUUUGAAGAUAUUUACAUACACAGCCAUGAUUCCGUUUACAAUAACCCGAAAAGUUUUGAGUCCCGGUUAUGUGAAACCAGGAUAAGAUGCCUGAGAUAUGCUGAUCUUAGACGGGAUACUGUGGCAUGUAAACAUCUCAUCACUGUUUUCGCAGUCUGCACAGGCUCAGUUGCGCAUAUCAUUGGUGUUGUACAGUCUAUGGUGCUGUGAUGUUUUCAUCUGUCAAACAAAUCACUCCAAAGAGAAGGCUAUCGGCGCUGUUCGAUCCACCAUAAUUCCAUAAUAAAUUAUUUUGCUGAUACUCCGUACUGGACUGUAUAGCAUACUGGCUACUUUCACCCCUAAUUUAGACACUUCUGCUUAUUUCUGACAUUUGGUAGGUCGUAUCAUUUCGGACAUUUGGUAGGCCAUUUCUUUGUCAACUAUAGUUAAAUACAUGCAUCUUUUCUUCUGUCAUAACUUGUUGUCCCAGAAGACUAAAGUAGUGCUCACCAGAAUGUCUUACAUCGAUAGAAUGAAUGCAUUACUCAGUAGGUUGGUGGCACCUUAAUUGGGGAGGAUGGGCUCGUGGUCAUGACUGGAGCGGUAUAAGUGGAAUGGUGUCAAACACAUGGUUUGAUGCCAUUCCAUUCGCUCCGUUUCAGCCAUUAUUAUGAGCCGUCCUCCCCUCAGCAGCUUUGACUGCUGCAUUUGUAAUCUAGUUAACACCAGUAAAGUUUUCUGUUUCUUUUAGGGACCGGGAGAAAACGCAAUAACUCCAAAACAGUGUGAAGAUUGGACAUUUUGCUCAGGACCAAUGUCAUCAUUUUGACCGGUUUUAAGGAAAUGAAAAGCUGAGAACUAUGAAACAUUUCUGAUAAGACUUCAGUUCUUCUUGGGUGCAUAUUUUAUGUGGUUGAAAUACUGUCUGCUUGCAUAAUGGUGUCAAAGAAAACACAUUACAAUCGCCGAAGCAUUUUCUCAAGAGAUGCUGAUAGAAAGUCAUAUUUGUCCACUCCUGUUCCCGAGACACAAUUAUAAUUUGUUGUAUCAUUUGUACUGCAAGAAAUCCAUAAUUCUGCAGGAGUUAAUAUUAUAUUAUGCUACAUGUGAGGGGUUAUAGCCUACAGUCAGUGUCCAUAUUUCAGUUACUUUUCCAUUUAACCCAUAUUAACUGAAAUGACUAAUAUUCUGUUUAUACCCAUGGACAGGAUUUCGAAGGUGCAUGUAAACAGCUUAUCCCCAAUAAGACCUUAAGCAGGAUAUGAUCUACUGUCCGGAAUACUGUGCGCAUGUAAACGUGGUCACUAUUUAGCCUGUGGAAAUGGUCGCAUUUUGGGAGAUGAUACUGUGGUGUCUCUCACUUUAAAUCAAUAUUAGUGCAGACAUGGUUGAGAAAGCAGAUUUUGAAUAUUUAAAAUAUAGGAACCUCCUUUUUGUUCUAUGUAAUGUCAUCGGAGUGAAAGGAAGUGAAUGGCCUCUGCAGUCAAAACAUUUGAGGUUGUGAAAUGCUAAACUUGAGAAUGAUAUUCAACCCACUUGUUAAACACCAGUGUUGACUCCUGAAGGGUUAUCUUGUCUGUUUCGAUUUAUUGUUUUGUUAAUGUGAACAAAAAAUGUAUGAUGUACUGUAAUUUUACAAAAUGUAAUGACCUUGCUUUUUGGUGGGGGAAGGUAUUUAAACAGUGAUUGAGUGCACUACUUCUUCUGCACCUACUGUUGAAUGUAGUUAGGAUGCCGGUCUCGUUCUCUACCAUCUAGAUCAGGGGUGUCAAACUCAUUCCGUGGAGGGACUUGUGUCUGCUGGUUUUUAGUUGUUCCUUUCAAUUAAGCCCUAGGCAACCAGAUGAGGGGAGUUCGUUAUUAAUUAGUGACCUUAUUUCAUCAAUCAAGUACAGGGAGGAGCAAAAACCAGCAGACGCUCGGCCCUCCGUGGAAUGAGUUUGACACGUGAUCUAGGUACUAUCCACUGUUUAAUUUGUGUGUUAUGGAAAUGGUGGAAAGAACUCGUGGCCUUGAGGCAAGGCUGGAGGAAUUGUCAAUUUCCUUAUAUGCUUCUAUUGAAUAACUCCCUUGUACACAGACACACAGGCGUGAAACCCAAGCACAGUGUUAAUUAUUUUUACUAUAUUGUCUUUUGGCAGGCUCCCAAGUUAACACUGAGUGAUGCCCCCUGGUGUGCAGGAGGACUUUUGUCUUUGCUAUGAUGACGCAUUUAUCUUUGGCAUGUCCACUCCCUAGCUGCCUUUUUAGGGAUGGACAAACAAAUGCUCCGUAUAUUUUUGAGUAACAAAGCAGAGUUUGUGUGCUGUGUGUGGAUUUAAGUUAUUUCAAAAGUACUUGAAUGGGAAGAUAUUGGACAAGUCUUAGUCAAAGAGUGGAAUGUCAGGAUUUACUCAUGCCAUUGUCGGACUAAAUUAUGUGCGUAUGAGCAAUGUUUUUAUACAUGGAUUGAUUGAUUCACCCACAUGUCAUUUAGGCUCUUUUAGACAUCAAUGCUGACCACAGCAGGCUAAUUGUGAAGUGAGUAAAAGUCCAGGCUUAGGCUGUUGUCAUGUAUCUCUCGCCCUUUCUCCCUCAUUCAACUCUUUGUUGGUGACUUCCUCCCUUCCUUGAAGUAAUUACUGAUCUAACCAGAGGAGGCUGGUGGGAGGUCCUAUAGGAGGAUGGGCUCAUUGUUAAGGGCUGGAAUAUAUGUGACAGCGUCAAACAUAUGGAGACAGCAUGUUUCACUCCGUUCCAUGUAUUCCAUUCCAGCCAUUACAAUGAGCUUGUCCUCCUAUAGCUCCUCCCACCAGCCUCCUAUGGCUAGAUCAGUAAUGAUUUGACAGGUGAAAGGGAUGGCUUUUCCCUCAUGGCUUUCACCUGUCCAGUCAUAUGUAAUUAGUGAUAACUUAAAGGACAGGGAGAAAGGACAGUGUUUGUACCAGGACUUUUGACUUGCUAUGAGGCUGGUGCAGCAUGGAGGUGCUGACUAGGGUUUCUUGAAAGGACAGAGGACUUCCACUGACUUCCACACGCCCCUGGUGGCAGUAUAUAUUUCUGUAUUUGCCCAUACAGCCGUCUGAUCCCACUGUGGGUCAUUUUGAAGCCUUACAUUCCCAUUGCUCCAUGACAUGUUAACAUAACCCCCUCCAAUGGCAGGGUUUGUUUGAGAUGUCACUCACUGUAUCAGGAUAAUCUAUGAAUUAGAUUUAUACCUCAGCGAAAAGCCAUUUCUGUCUCUCUCACCACACACAUGCACAUUCUCAUUCCCUUUCUCCUUUUUGCUCUCUCUCUCUGUCUUUGCUCCCCAGUGCCAGCUUGUUGACCUCUAGCCUUCCUCUGGUGCCAAGGGCGCUGAAAUGUUAGCGUGUUGUAGACAUGAGCCCUAUUCUCUGCUCUUAAAAUGGUGUCAUUUUAGACCCAUUCGGUGGGUUAGCUGGAUCAUUGCAAGUGAUUUUGAAAAACCGUUCAAAAUAAUAAUUUGCCAUGUUAUGCUUGUGUGACAACCAUACCAUCUCAGAAUUUGUAUAGUGAAAUAUUAUUAUUUUGCUUUGGCGCAUUUAGGUGACAUGAGGCUUCUACUAUAGUAAUAUUGCUUAUGAUUACAGAUGAUUUGCUUCUUUCAUUAAGUAUUCUAGACCUGCUUGUUUUGCUUGAUCCCAACCACCAAAGUUAUUGUUUUAUCAUCCCUGUUUUCUUGUUAUUGUUGUUUUUUUUACUAAGGAAACCACUAUCAAUAUUUUUUGCCAACUUUUGUGUAACAUGUACGUAUGAAAAGUCCUCUAAAUUAUCUAGAUGAUGCAGAGGGGGCAUGGCUUUUUACCCUCCAUCAGCAACCACAAGAUGACACGGAGUCAGAUGGCUUUGGCCGAUUGUAUCCUCCUCAUGCCUUCUGCAUACUGCAUAAAGGGGUAGAUUUAAUUCAACCUGAGGUCUUGUCGUUGGUUUUAAGCACAAAGUUAUUGUAUUGGUAUACUUUGUGUACUUUUAAAUAAUACUGUCCUGCUUAAAUGAGCAAGGCCCACCAGGGCCUCAAUGACCAUUUUUUUUUUACUGUCAUUCCAGAUGAUCUCUGCAAUUUCUCAGUGUUUGAGGGACCAUUUAUCAACGGUUGCUUGCAUUUGUCUACAGAACUGUGUAGGGCGCAAGCUGCAAAUACUGCUCAAGUGAAGACUUCCUGACAUUACUUUCAGAGUUGCUUAUAUACUGUAGACCUCCAGUGGUUAGAGACAAGACUGCAAUAUUGUACUGAUUAUUUUUAAUAGUAAAUUAUGUGAAGUUGAUUUUGUUUUUAUGUUCAAAUUGGAGUCUAUUUUCUCAGCCUGGUUUUCUUUUCACCCUCUUCAAAGCUGUGGAACGCAAACUUGUACAGUGCUAUGAGAGCUUAUGUCUCGUGUUCUCUGGUAAUGGUUUCGAAGCUAUGAAUAUAAGAAUCAAGUCUUAAAAUUGUAUUGUGAAUAUUAUUGUGUUGAAACAUGAAUGUUACUUCAAAAUGUAUUUGAAUGCUUUAACCAACCUAUUUAAGGGCUCCUAUCCUGAAAAACCCCCUCUUGUUUUUUGUUUUUUUCUUCAGGUUUUUGAAUUCCUUUUUUGGGGGGGGAGAAAGAAAAAAGGGUUUGGAAGGUCUUAUUAUGCCUACUUCCCAGAGGCCUCAAGUGAAACGUGUCAUGGGACCUUUCCAAAUUUCACUACACUACUUCAAAUAACUCAAGUUUGCACCCAUUUUUUUAUGUAAAAUAAAAAUCUCUCUUAACCUUUA